AUGGCGUCAAAGCAAGGGCAAAGACAAGUUGCUGCAGCGUUGAAAUUGGUGGCGGGACGGAACAAGCCUGGCCGGGGCCAGCAAGCAAAGAAGCCUCCACAGAAGGCCGCAAAUGGGGCUGCUGGCAAGAAAAGGAAGGCCGGUGUUUUGAAAGACAAAGGAGCACAGCAGUACAACUAUGAUGAUGGCCAUGGGGAUGGUUUUGAAGUGGAGGAUGAGGACGACAUCCAUGAGGUGGAUCCAGAUGUUGUCAAUGGUCGCCUUCCAUUUCCAGUUGAACGCCCAAAAAUGCAAUCGCUGUAUCCUGAAGCUGCCGGUCAAGGGACUGACGAUGAGGAGGAGGAUGAGAAGGACGCCCUUGAAGAUCCUAGAGGCCAAGGAUCCACGCGGGGGUCCACUGGCACUGGCCUGCAAAGUGGUCAGUCUCAUGUCUCCAGAGGUGUGGAAGAUGGGGAGGGAUUCGGAGAGGAGGAGGACCCUAAUCCUCCACGUUCUGGCAGUCAUCGGACAA